AUGGCCCUCGUGCCAGGAAGUAGCAAGGAUGGACCUUGGUCUGGAGAUAGUCCCCGGUUGACGAAUCCCCUCUCAAGGAACAGAGAGGAGCCUGGCAGAUGUGAAGGUCGGCAGGAUGCUCAGGUGUCUCCAAAGUCCUGUCUGCCCUCUAUGGUGGUAGAGGAAGACCAGGAGGAUAGCCAAUGGCCACAUGAGGAGUUGCUGCUGCUCACUGAUGGUGAAGAGGAGGAAGCAGAAGCCUUCUUUCAGGAUCCAAGUGAAGAGCCAGGUUGGGCUUGGAUCCCACAGGACCCCACAUGUCCUUUAAGAACAUUUAACCCUGGUCUUGGCUGGGAGCAUGAACAAGAGGAUGCCUCCUGGAUUACUGAGGACACAGAGGGUCGAGAAACUUCCAACCCCUGUCCUCUUUGGGACCCUACAGUGUCCUGCAACUACAGAACCAGAUUUGUGGAAUAUUCCCAUUUCCCACCUCCCAGUACCUUUGGGGGAGCUGAAGAAGAAGUUAUUCAAGCGCCGGAGGGUGCUGAGCAGGGACCGGCGACGGAAGCGCCAGGUGGUCGGGGCUGUGAUAGACGCGGGGCUGACCACAAGGCACCACCUCAAGAAGCGGGCAUCCAGCGCACGUGCCAACAUCACGCUGUCCGGGAAGAAGCGCAGGAAACUCCUGCAGCAAAUCCGCCUUGCUCAGAAAGAAAAAGCAGCCAUGGAAGUGGAAAACCCCUCCAAGUCAUCCAGGACUAGUGAGCCACAGCCCAAAAGACAAAAGAAGAUGAAAGUUCCCCAGGAUGUAGAUAUGGAGGAUCUGGGAGAUGAGAGCUAAGCCCCUACCUCUGCUAUGAGAAGAUUCUCAACAGCAGCCAGAGGAUUUGGAGGACUUUGGAGAAAAUACUACCAUAUUUCACUCUCCCAGACACCCUUGAGUGGCCCACUGACCUUCCCUGGAGUUACAUAUUGGGAGGGAAGAAGAUGCAGAAAAAGACUGGAGAGGUCCCGCUCUAGCAACCAACUCCUUUUGUAAUAAAGCCCUGGAGGUUUAACUAACGUGUGAUGAAGUGCAAGAAUGGGGAUGGGCCCUAUAAGAAGAAGGCCUUUGAGAGACAGUCCAGAAGCGGGACACACAGUGUGCUUGAGCAAAGCAGUAAGAAACUAGUGCCCAGGAGCUGUCCCAAGAAAUCAAAGCUUUUCUGACGGGUGUAGACCCCAUUCUGGGCCACCAGCUCUCAGCUCG